ACGCGAUCGCGGGGGCGCGGCGGCAGAGCUGAGGCGGUGGCGGCGCGGACGGACUGACCGGUGCUCGGCAUGGCUCGCCUGGGGCUCGGUCUGGUGAGCUGUACCUUCUUUCUAGCAGUGAAUGGUCUGUAUUCCUCCAGCGACGAUGUCAUUGAAUUAACUCCAUCUAAUUUCAACAGAGAAGUUAUUCAGAGUAACAGUUUGUGGCUUGUAGAAUUCUAUGCUCCAUGGUGUGGUCAUUGCCAAAGAUUGACACCAGAAUGGAAGAAAGCAGCAACUGCAUUAAAAGAUGUUGUAAAAGUUGGUGCAGUUGAUGCAGAUAAACAUCAGUCCCUAGGAGGACAGUAUGGCGUUCAAGGAUUUCCUACCAUCAAGAUUUUUGGAUCCAACAAAAACAGACCAGAAGAUUAUCAGGGUGGCAGAACUGGUGAAGCCAUUGUGGAUGCUGCCCUCAGUGCUCUGCGCCAGCUUGUGAAGGAUCGCCUCGGGGGAAAGAGUGGUGGAUAUAGUUCUGGAAAACAAGGCAGAAGUGAUAGUUCAAGUAAGAAGGAUGUGAUUGAGCUGACAGACGACAGCUUUGAUAAGAAUGUCCUUGACAGUGAAGAUGUGUGGAUGGUUGAGUUUUAUGCCCCUUGGUGUGGACACUGCAAGAACCUAGAGCCUGAGUGGGCUGCUGCAGCCACAGAAGUAAAGGAGCAAACCAAAGGAAAAGUGAAGCUGGCGGCUGUGGACGCCACUGUGAAUCAGGUGCUAGCCAGCCGAUACGGCAUUAGAGGAUUUCCUACAAUCAAGAUAUUUCAGAAAGACGAGUCUCCUGUGGAUUAUGAUGGAGGGCGGACAAGGUCUGACAUAGUGUCCCGGGCCCUUGAUUUGUUUUCUGAUAACGCCCCACCUCCUGAGCUGCUUGAGAUAAUCAACGAGGACAUUGCCAAGAGUACGUGUGAGGAGCACCAGCUCUGCGUUGUGGCCGUGCUGCCCCACAUCCUCGACACAGGAGCUUCAGGGAGAAAUUCUUACUUGGAAGUUCUUCUCAAGUUGGCAGACAAAUACAAGAAGAAAAUGUGGGGGUGGCUGUGGACAGAAGCUGGAGCCCAGAGUGAACUUGAGAACGCACUGGGUAUUGGAGGGUUUGGAUACCCUGCCAUGGCAGCCAUCAAUGCACGCAAGAUGAAAUUUGCGCUUCUAAAAGGGUCUUUCAGUGAGCAAGGCAUUAAUGAGUUUCUCAGGGAGCUGUCUUUUGGGCGUGGCUCCACAGCACCAGUGGGAGGUGGUGCCUUUCCUGCUAUCACUGUAAGAGAGCCCUGGGAUGGCAGGGACGGUGAGCUUCCUGUGGAGGAUGACAUUGACCUCAGCGAUGUGGAGCUUGAUGACUUGGAGAAAGACGAAUUGUGAGAGCCACAGCCCAGGCUUCAGAUCAUUUUCUUUUCUUGAGAGUGAACAGAUUUUUCCAGCAGUGAAGAAACAUUCUUUACAAUCCGACUAAUCUACCAGGGGCCUUUUUAACCAGGAAGUAACACUUGAUUGGUCAUUUGAAAGCACUGCGACAGUAAGCUUUUGCAUCUCAAGAAAACUUUGAAAAAUUCUAUGAAUUGUUGUAGUCAGUGGAUUGGAUUGUAUUCUCACAUAAUAUUUUGAAGAAAACUGGGCUGUAGAAACAUUUCCCUCCCCCUGAUGGCUGCUUGAAUGUUCUUGGAGGUUGUUUCUUAUAUAUAGGUUUUUUAAAUGUGAUUCCUCAUUUGAAUAUCAAUGGCUUUUUCCAUUAAAGAAUAAAAUGAUAUUUUGGACAAUGCCAA